GUGGUGCAGCAGGCGUGGAGGAGAGGGAGUCCGAUUGAUCGUCGUGACGUUCAUGUAUACGUUGCGAUUCCUCGCGACCGGUGCGCGACGUUUUAUCCGCGCGAUGUCCGCCGCCACGAUGAACCGGAAGCCGGAGGUGAUGUUCAUCCUGGGCAGCCCGGGCGCCGGCAAAGGCACCCUGUGCCGCUACAUCGUCGAGCAUUACGGUUAUGUCCACCUGUCGGCCGGCGACCUGCUGCGCGAGGAACGCGUCAAACCGGGCUCGCAGUACGGCGAGUUCAUCGAGACCCACAUCAGGAACGGCACCAUCGUCCCCGUGGAGAUCACCUGCAGCCUCAUCGACCGCGCCAUGCAAACCUCCGAGAAUCCUCACAAUCGGUUUCUCAUUGACGGCUUCCCUAGGAAUCAAGAUAACCUCGACGGUUGGAAUAAGGUGAUGGCUGACAAGGUGUUAUUAAAAGGCGUAAUAUUCUGCGAAUGCAGUGAGGAAGUCUGCACUCAACGUUGUCUGCAUCGUGGAGCCAGUGGGAGCGGUCGUAGUGACGAUAACGAGCAAUCCUUGAUUCUUCGUCAUCAGACUUACCUGAAAAACACAUUACCAAUAAUAAAAAUGUACGAGCAACAGGGCUUAGUUUAUAAAGUUAAUUCUAUGAAUACACCCGAAGAGGUGUUUCAGGAUGUUGUAGCGUUCUUCCCUAAGCUAGGAUGGUAAUAGUAACGGUUUCUAAACGUGUUUCUCUCUAAAGCAAUUCUAACAAAUAUAUAUAUUAUUGUACUUUUUGGUGCUGAGGAAUAUUAUGUAUAUCAUGAUGUAUCAUGACACUUUUUUAUACACAUAGUAUUUGUAUUUUAUAGAAAGUAUCGCACUUUAUUUAUAGGCAGAACAGGUUUAUUUAAUUUUACUUUACUUGAUAUCUAUUCAAUCUUUAUAAUAGACAUAGCAAUUUUAUCGGCUAAACAUUCCUUCACAAAUGUACAAUAAUACAAUGUAAAUACGGGUGAUAACGGUAUAAUAAUUGAAAAACAUUGUAAAUAUUUUGUCAAAAGUGUACCCAGUAUUAACGUACGACCCGUAUUGUAAAUCCUUUGAUACGAUAUUAUAUACAUAGCGUUGGCUUAUAUAUUUAUAGAACAAGUGUUCAAGCGACAUAUUAUCAUUAUUGGAUUGUACUUGAAUGAGAAUUUAACGAUCGUUAGGAAAAAUCGUAUAUUGAUACGAGAAGAGACGGAAGAGACGAUAUAUGGAAGAGAGACAUGUUUUACGUAUUUUUACUUUACAUAUAUAAAAAUAUAUUCAUAAUUAAAACGA